UAUAUUAUUUAGAGGUAAAUGUUUAAUUUUUUAUAUUUUUUUAUUUAUUUUCUAUGUGUAGUGGGGGUCCUGUGGCAGGAAUUGGCUGGGGCAGACUGAUUUGAGGGUAAUAAAAACAUGGCGAUAUUCAUGUUCUUCACGAGGUCAAGCCAUUUUUAUUUUGCAGCCUUAAAAUGAUAACAACUUAUUAAGAAUUUCAAGCCUUUACAGGAAUGGUUGCCAGUUUUUCUGGUAAAGGGAUAGACUAGCUUUGACAAUAACCUUAAAGAACGCUUACAGCAAUUUUUUGAAGAGAGAGAUGGGAGAAUUCAAGUACACAACAACCGAAGCUACCAACCAUGAAACUACAACUUCCUGGAGCUCGUAUAAAUAUUUAAGAGAACGUGAAAAUGGCGUUCAGUAUCGAAACGAUUCUGUUGUAGCUAAUUAUUAUAAAUACAUGAGUUUGAAGUCCAUCUGGGGGAAGAAUCGUGAUGGUUGUGAAGAUCAUGGUGCUAUUUUCAAUACCGAGUUUUCCCCUGAUGGAAAGCUACUUCUUGCUGCCUGUGAGAGGUCGGCUUUUCUUGUGUUUGAUCCGCUUAAUCAAAAGCUUAUUCUUACAAGGAGUGGAGCCCAUAAUGAUGGCAUAAAUUGCAUACGGUUCUUAGACUCGAGGUCAUUUUUGACGUGUUCUGAUGAUAAGACCAUUGCACUGUGGGAUGCAAGGAAUUUGAAGAGUAAAGUGUCUAGUUUUGUUGGGCACACAAGCUGGGUGAAGAGUAUCGAAUAUUGUAGAAGCACAAAACAACUGGUGACGUCUGCCUUUGACGAUACCAUCCGUGUCUGGGAUCUCAACCGGCCUUCUCCAUCAGGAUUUAUCGAAGGAAGAAGUGUCUUAAAAGUUGCUCGGUUGACGAGAAUGAAACUAACGCCUUGUGGAACCAAAAUGAUAAUAUCGUCCAUUGCAGGGCAUUUGGUUGUCAUUCAUAACCUAGACCUUGAACAACUUGAGGCAAGAUCUGGCGAUCAUGGGAUCCCGUUUUGGAACUUCUCCGGCACGUACCAUCAGAAAGCACAUUACCUACCAUGUACGGAUGUACCAUGGUCAGCAAAGAAUAAAUUUGAAGUAAUUGAGGAGUUUCCGGAAGACACAAAACCCUGGUGUAUUUCAUCUCUGGAAGUUCAUCCACACGGCUGGUGUAUUGUUAUACGGUACACUGGAGGGGACUGGCACCAGGAAUGGACGGCACUUUAUGAUAUCCAGACAAAAGGCAAGCAAUCAACUGAUGAGACAGAUGGUGCAGAAUGUGAUAUAUCAAGACCUCAGAGGCUCAUUUAUUGCAUAGAGGAGCCAAAUGUCGCAAGAGGUUACAUAAAAGAGCCUUGCUUUAGCAAUGACGGCCGUGUCAUUGGGUCACCUUUUGGCAACACAUCUCGCCUUUUGACAUUUAGUCAAAACUGUGAAGAACUUCCUAACUGUCUAAAGAAAAAGACUUCACGGUUAAUUGACUUCAAGACGCUAAUAAGCCAUAAACAUCCAGUGCUCACUAGCAGGUUUUCACCCACACAUCCAAUACUUAGUAGUGGUUGUAGAGGAGGAAAGGUUGCUUUUCAUUACCCUCAUUUAUGAGUGUGUUUGACUCCAAGAAUACAAUCAGGGCUCAAGAUAGCGGCAGGUCAUUGGACAAUGUCUAAACAGAAUUAGAAAUUGUCCUGUCAAAUCUUUGCCUUGCCGAUCAUUUUCAAGAGUAACGUUGACCAUAGUAUAGCCAAGCUAAAACUAAGUUGGCUGGACAUCACGACAGAUGACUGACGAGAUAUUAUUUUAAGCCCUGAAGAUAAUGCACUCCAGGGAAGGGAAGUGGGACUGAGGCGGAGUUAGGGGAAAAGGAGGGCCUCUCCUUUUUCCCUUUCUUACUCCCCCUCUCCCCUUGCCUGCAUUCUACCUCUCCCUAAGAGAGCCUGAUACAUGGCACAUUGUAAAUUAGUACAUGGCACAUUGUCCGAUACCCAGCCAUUAUUUUGAACCCUGAGUAGAGAGAAUAUUGCUAUUUGUUGUCUAUUAAUAUUUGUAAAUAAUUUGAUAAAAUCUCCCUAGGGAAAGAUUAAUAAUCCAGAGGUAACAUUUAACAGCUCGCAUAAAAAAAAAACAACCAACUUUGUCAGAAUUAAAAAAAACAAGCUAACAAAAAUAUUCAUUUUCCUCAAAUUUAAAUAACUUAUGGAUAAGACAGAUAGAAAUGCCACUUGGAAACAAGAUUUUAGUACUUAUGCCAAGCAUUGCAGUCAGAGCUUUAAUGUGUAAAACUAGAUCAUUUCAGGACCCUCAAGAACUAGGGUUUGAUGUUACUAAAAUAUCUACUGAACCACA